UGAUGACUGUUUAAGUAACGGUUUAACUACUGCUAGCUUGAAGGCCUGUGGUACAUAGCCAAUUAUUAGAGAGAGGUUGAUCAUAUUUAAGAUUGAAAGAUUAAUUAGUGGUAGGACUUAUUACUGUAAGAAGUUAUUACUGAACUUAACGCGGAUCAAUUGGAGAAAAAGAGUAAAAAAAAUGAUAAUGAAAGUAGCUGUACAUAAUGUUAUGUCUGUGAGAUGGUUAUGAGUAAUUUUUUUUCACGUGGUUAAAAUUUGCACAAGUUAAUCUCAGUACAAAGGAGAGCAAAUGCAUCCUUUUGCCUGCUUCUCAUGUCUCUCCCCAGCUAAAUGCAACAUUGACAACAGUGACUGGAAACUGUUGGCUGCGAAACUGGAGCUCAAAGAGCAGAAACGCUGGCUUGAGGGAGCCGAGGAUCCAUUAAUAAUUUGGUCAGAAACAAAAAACAUAAACCUCGCUCAACUCAAAGCCACCAAAUGACUGAACACUAGACACACCAGGUGGGCUUUCUUCUUCACCUGCUUUAACUUUGUGAUCACUUACAGGUCUGGUUCCCAGAAUGUAAAACCUGAUGAUCAGUUCUGCCAGUUUUUUCUGGAGAGGAGACGACAAUCCUUCCUCCAGGUACAACUGUAGUGAACUAAUUGUCCAAUCAUUGGUCUUGGGUUGACUCUGUUCGGAUACUAGAUGCCCCUGGUGAUACAAAAAUAUAUGUACAGGAGAGGUAUGCUGUACUACUGUUGCUGUAAAUAUUUGCCUGUUUAUGUGUUUCUACUCUCAUUAUGACCUGAAUCAGAGCACAAGAAAUAAAAGCCUCCCAGUGGGAUUCAGGUAAACUGAUCCUGGUUCAAUUCUUCAGGUGAUAUCGGAUGAUGAUGAUGAUGAUGAGAAGUAGGAGGUGGGUGUGGUUACUGUCUGCAGGUAUGAAGGCAAAAACUGAUAUUACCUGCUUUCAGUACUGAGAGAAGCUCUCUGGAGUGAAUUUCAUUGAUACAAAUGGAGCGUCUCCAGGUGUGGGGCAUUUUCAGCCUCAUCGUUCUCACCGCCGCCCAGAAAACCACAAACGGCCCCCACCCUCAGCCCUCCUAUCUGCUCCUCGCUCCCAAAGCCCUCCAACAUGGAAUCCCAACAUCUAUAUCAAUCACCAUCCUGAUCCCUUCACCGGUCACUGUAUCUGCUCACAUUGUUCGUGGAAACCUAACAAUGGCCUCACAAUCUGUUAAAGUUGAAGGGGGUUCAACCACACUGCUGACUUUGCCGCCUAUUAGUGACAGCGAGCCCAAUCACUGGGAGGCCUACAUACUGGAGGUCAAAGGUCACAGAGGAGAAGUCCAGGUUUUCUCCAGCUCCACAAAGCUCCACUUGGAUGUCGAAGAUAUCGCCACCUUCAUUCAAACAGACAAAGUAAUGUACUUACCUGGGCAGACGGUGAAGAUCAGAGUUAUUUCCAUUCACUCUGAUGGGAAGCCCUUCAUCAGCCCCGUGGACAUCAUCAUCAGGGAUCCGAGGGGAAACCUGCUCAGGCAGUGGCUGGCUGCAGACAGCGUCCUUGGCGUUGUGUCCAAAGAGUUUCAGCUGUCUGAAAACCCUCCUCUGGGUCAGUGGACCAUCAUCACUACAGUCAAAGACAUUUCAAGUGUGAAGUACUUCACUGUGGCUCAAUAUGUACUGCCAAAGUUUGAGGUUUUGAUCGAUGCUCCGGAUGUCAUUUACCGUGAGGACCCUCUGGAGGGCUCCAUCACAGCAAAGUACACUUACGGGAAGCCCGUUCAGGGACACCUGAAUAUGACGUUCAUUUAUCACUUUCACGGUACUGUCGAGUUUUACUAUGAGGACAGAGAGAUUGAUGGUACUGAAAGCUUCACAUUUGAUGCUCCUGAUUAUUUCCAAAUGAGAAAUGAUUCCAAAAUGAUGUACUACGAGGGAAACGCUGAGGACCUAACAGUUGUGGCUCAUGUGACUGAAUACCUCACAGGCAUUACAUAUAACAGUACGGCAACAGUAGGUUUGUCAAAAACCAGAUAUAAAGUCUCCUUUGAAGAAUAUCACAAAUUAUUGAGGCCCUCUUUAACCUUCAGCGCCAGGCUGAAAAUAUCUACAUACAACAAUCAGCCACUGUCACUGGAGGAUCGCCAAAGCUUUGUUGAAGUUUCAGUGAUUCAGCAAAAGCAAAGAUUUUGGGGUUGGAUCGGAGACAUGGUGAUAGACACGGAGCCUAAAACAUCGAACAGUUCAGGAACUUCAGAAAGUCCAAAGGAGAUGCUACCUAAAGAAAUGAAGUUUCCUGUCCCUGCAGAUGGACUCAUACCUUUCAGCAUUGAAAUCACGAGUGAAACAGACAUGCUCAGUAUUGAUGCUUCUUUUGAGGACAGCCAUAGCAAUCUAUAUAUACAGCGAAGCUACACAUCCCCCAGUGAGAGCUACCUGCAGAUUCAGAAACCCUUCACACCUCCCGAGGUUGGUUCGCCCUUUCUGCUGCACAUUGAAAGUAAUUUUCCAUUGAAUGAGGUUCACUACCUGGUGAAGUCAAGAGGACAGGCGAUUUCUGCCGGGAAAGGCUCUCUUGAUCUGACUCUGGUCCCAGAAGUCUCCUGGGCUCCUCUGGCCUGCAUCAUCGUUUACUGUGUGCACCCCAGCGGAGAGGUCAUCAAUGAUGCAAUCCAGCUGCCAAUCAGACAGUUUUUACAAAACCAGGUGUCGCUUAGUUGGAGCAGUGUUGUAAAGAGGCCAGCUGAGACUGUGACCCUGAAUGUGAGUGUACUGGAGCCCAACUCAGUAGUCGGGAUCCUGGUGGUUGACAAGGCGACGCAGUGGGCGGGAUCAGACAAUGACAUCACCACGGACACGGUGAUGAAGCAGAUGAAGGAGUUUGGCAAUUCCAUGGCUGACGGCAACAAUGAAACGCCAAAACUGGGGGAUCCACACUCUGUUUUCAAGUCAUGUGAUCUUGUGGUUUUCACUGAUGCCAGUUUGAAAACGUAUCAAAUAAUGCACGACUUCCCAGGGGAGAUAAUGUUUUACACUACUGCGACAGAGCAUUUACGUGGAGAGCAACAAAAGGAACGUGUGCGUUGGUACUUUCCAGAGACCUGGAUCUGGAUGGACACAAACACCAGUAAUUCAAACACAAAGGAAAUGGCGCUAACUGUACCAGACAGCAUCACAACCUGGAUUGCCACUGCCUUUGUGAUGUCUGAGAAUCUGGGACUGGGAAUUGUAGAGCAACCAGCAGAGCUGACAGUGUUCCAGGAUUUCUUCCUGUCCUUAAAUCUUCCGGCCUUCAUCAUCCGGGGAGAGGAGCUGCUGCUGGAGAUCAUUCUGUUCAACUACCUCCAAGAGGACCAGAAGGUCACCGUCACUGUUGCACAGAGUGAGACCUUCGAGUUCGUCUUCCCAGACAACGAGCAGCUCUCCACGCCCGGUGUUCAUCCGGUGUUUGUGAAGAGUGAAAGCGGAGCAACCGUCCUCAUUCCCAUCAGGCCGCUGGUCCUCGGGGAGAUCCCCAUCUCUGUGAAAGCCAACUCGGAUGCAGUGUCCGACUCUGUCCACACAACAGUGUUAGUUAAGGCCGAAGGUCUUGAACAGUCGUUUUCCACCUCCCUGCUGCUUGAGCUUUUACCAGCAGGGAUGAGCCUGUCUAGAAACGUUACGUUUACCUUCCCACCAGAUGUUGUGGAGGGCAGCGAGAGAGCUUCAGUUAUGGCUGUCGGUGAUAUCCUCGGUCCAUCCAUCAGUGGUCUGGACUCACUGAUUCAAAUGCCUUAUGGCUGUGGGGAACAGAACAUGAUUAACUUUGCACCAAACAUCUACGUUCUCCAGUAUCUGGACGCCACAGGACAGGAUAGCAAGAAAACCACCGACCAAGCCAUAAACUACAUGAUGCAAGGUUAUGAGCGGGAGCUCACCUUUCAGAGAGGAGAUGGCUCCUUUAGCGCCUUUGGAGAGCAGGACUCAUCUGGAAGCACCUGGCUCUCUGCUUUUGUGCUGAGGUGUUUCCUGCAGGCACGGCCCUUCAUCAACAUUGAUUCCAACGUGCUGCACAGUGUGGCAGCUUGGAUCGCCAGCCAGCAAGGGCAUGAUGGGAGUUUCUUGGAGCCCGGCAGGGUGAUCCACACCGAGCUCCAGGGAGGUCUGGACGGGCCUGUUUCUCUCACGGCCUACGUCCUCAUCGCCCUGCUGGAAGACGCUAGCGUCAAGGCUCUGUAUGAGACCAAGGUGUCUGCAGCCGUGAUGUACCUGGAGACCCAGCUUGCUCUUGGUGUCUCCAGCAACUACAGCCUCAGUCUACUCACCUACGCUCUGGCUUUGGCAGGGAGCUCCAAAGCCCAAUCAGCACUCAAUAAUCUGACUGGACGAGCUGAGAUAAGAGACGGUGUGCCGAUGUGGUUCUCCCUGGAUGACGGCCUGUCCUCAUCGUGGCAACCUCGUUCUUCUGACAUUGAGAUGGCGUCCUACGUGCUGCUGUCUCAUUACAAGCUGAACUCAAUCCCAGAGGGUCUGAACCUAAUGAAGUGGCUCAGCCAGCAAAGAAACCACAGAGGAGGAUUUGGAAGCACUCAGGACACAGUUGUGGCUCUCCAGGCUUUGUCUAUGUUCGCGGCUCGCAUUGGGUCGCACGACACUGACGUCACAAUCAGGGUGGACAUCGACCCUUCGACCACUGUCGCCUCCUUCCAAAUCAACAACGAGAACUACCUGCUCCAUCAGAGCCAACAGAUUACUCCAGAAGAAAGUUUAAUCCUGCAGGUGACAGCAGAAGGUCGUGGACUCGCCUUGUUUCAGCUUAACGUUUUCUACAACGUCAGGAACGAGGAGAUGAGGAGAAGGAGGCGAGAAGCUGGCGAACAGGAAGCGUUUGAGCUGUACGUCGAGCUGGUCGACAGCGAAGAAAACUCUGCACAUCUGUACAUCUGCACCAGGCUGGUGUAUGGUCUGGGCCUGAGUGCAACGGGAAUGGCCAUCAUGGAGGUGGGGCUGCUGAGUGGCUUCAGUCUGUCGCCGGUUGGCAUCGAGACUAACGACGCUGUAAAGAAAGUGGAGACGCAGCUGGGAAAAGUCAUCCUGUACCUGGACUCAGUGACAACGCUGGAGAUGUGUGUCCAGAUUCCUCUGAUUAUUGAGUAUAAAGUUGCCAAAGUCCAGGAAACUACGGUCGUCAUCUAUGAUUACUACGAACCAAGGCGGAGGAUGGCGAGGACAUACACGUCGCAGUGGAGGAGCCGCAUAUCCUCCUGCUCACUCUGCGGGGACAGCUGCAGUCAGUGCAACGUAAACGGCGACUUCAUUCCCGACGAAGCCAUCUUCAAUGCAUCAAACAGGAACAGCGUCCACUUCAAUCUGAGUGGUUUUCUGCCCAUACUGCUCCUCCUCUUCAUCAUCUUUGAAUUGUAAACAUGUCUAAACAAAAAGCUGCACAUAUAAAUCUGUCAGGCUUGGUUCAAGGUUGUGGGGUUCUUAUUUUGUUUCUGACUAAAAUAGAAAACUGUGUUAGAGAUGCAGAAAGUCACAGGACUCUUCUUUGUACUGUCCAAAAAUAAACGUGACUGAUAAAUUUUGAUUUCCGUUGCAGGUUUUCUUCUCUUUGUGUCCUCAUUUUAAACUCCCCUACACUCACCAACUUCAGCUGUGCUGAAGAAGCGUGCAUGUACCUGUGAAAGAAAGCUGGUGCGUGUGACAGGAUAUGAAAAACACUUGGUUCACAAUAAUGUUAGCAGCUGGGCGUUUCUUUUGUCUGUAGAAGCAAACAUUUAAAUAUGAUUUUGAGGUGAAGUUCCCCAUUAAAAGCUUAUACAGGAACAUGUUUUGGUCCAAACAGAGAUCAUUCAGGUUCAGAGGCGUGCUCAAAAAGUCAGAGUUUUCACUGUCACCAAGGUCGCGCUCUUUCAAUCGAACUCCUAUGAACUUACAAACUGCUCUGCAGGUGGCUAACUUCAGAGUUUGGUUUAAAUCGGCUCCACAUUUCACUGAUUCUGUUACUUACAAUCUGUAAGUGUGAUAUAAGUGCUCAGGGGUAUUUUACUAUCUGCAGCACAAACUGCAUGUCCUGGCAAUUUAU